GAUCUGAUCAAACCUCUAUAAAAGGAUCACAAGUACUCCAUUAAUCCUCAGAUUGAUCUGGCAGGAACAGACAAACCCAACAGAAACAAGACACGCAAAAAGAAGUUGCAUCAAACCAGACAAAUUAAUUAAGAUUAUGGCUAGAAUGAUCAGAUUAGCCAUUCUAGCCUUCGCACUCUUCGGAGCUCUAGCACAAACCACAGUUGCAGUGACUACACACGUGGUUGGAGACAGCACGGGGUGGGUUGUUCCGCCUUCUGAUGACCCUCUCUUCUAUGCCGUUUGGGCUGCGAAACAAACCUUCUUCAUUGGCGACAUUCUGCUCUUCAACUUCACAACUGGAUCACAAGACGUAGCCAGAGUAUCCAAGGAAGCUUUCUUCCUCUGCAAUUCAACGAACCCGAUCUUUCUUGAGAAAACAGGACCGGCGAAAAUCACCUUGAAUUCCACCGGAGAGUUUUACUUCAUAGGGACCUUCGACAACAACUGCUUCAAGGGACAAAGGCUAGCAAUCAACGUCACUACAUCUCCGGGACCCACUCCCAGUCCUACGCCCAGAACAAAACCUGAAAACUUCACCGUCGGUGAUGAGUUGGGAUGGGUCGUCCCUCCCCUUGGUGAAAUUGCUUACAUCACCUGGGCUUACAACAAGACCUUUAUCGUCGGAGACCAUCUAGUCUUCAACUUUCACAAUAAAACGGAUGACGUCGCCGUGGUGAGCAAAGAAGCUUAUGACAGCUGCAACACUAGCACUCCGAUGGCGCUGUAUAACAGUAGUCCGGCGGUUAUCAACCUCACUAGAACCGGGGAGCAUUACUUCACGAGCACCUACGAUUACCGCUGCGACUUGGGUCAAAAACUUGCCAUCAACGUCACCGGCAGCAGCACUGGCUCCACUCCACCUUCUGGCUAUGGCAGCAGUCCAUCUCCAAGCACCGCCAAGCCUCCAGCUUCAAGUCAGGCAUCCGGUCCCGGCACCGGAAGCCCGGUGGCUCCAGGACCAUCAAAUGCAGCCCCAAAUAGUAGGAUUUCCGGUGGCUAUAUGUUCAUAGUACUCUUGCCCAUGGCCAUGGGUUUCCUUCAUUGAUUAUAAUUACCAUGUACUUGGAGAGUACUUGUCGAUCUUGCAGGGGUUGACUUUGUUAUUUUGUAUCUAUAUUUGAAUAACACAUGUUUGUACAUGUAUUAUACGAUGAUGAUCAGUCUGUACUACAUACUCAUUCGAUCCAUUCAGUUCAUACAUAUAUAUAGAUUAUUGAUCUGUUUUUUGUA